GUGAGAUAGAAACAGUGCAGAGAAUAGCAUAGUUAUUUUCUCUAAAACUAAUGGGAGAAGAAAAUGGGAAUAAAAACAGAAGCCGUUACAGAAGGUCUGAUUCCAAAUGAACUCUCCAUGGCACUGCCAGUCAUUAGAAAGUGUGCAAACAAGCCUGAUUUGAUCCAGGUUUGAUCCAGACUUGAACCUACUGAAGAAGGUCUCCAGGAAGCAUGGCAAACCUACAAGCUGAGAGGAAGCUCAGCAAAGAAUCUACUCACCUACAACUCCAACAGGAGGGGCACCAGUACUCCAACUUUUUACCACACUACCAACACAGAUGCUUGCAGGAAAAGGAUUGAAUGUGACAGGAAGCUGAAGUGGGCACAGCAGGGCAGGCAAAGCUCUCAACGCGUGCCCAAUGUUUCGGACCGCAUGCAGAUUGGCCAGCUUGGGCCGCAGUUUGGGCUGCAGUUUCGGAUGGCGGAGGGCUAAAGUGUGGCGCAGGACUGCUGUACUCUUUCUCCUGCUCUGGUUCGCCUCAUGGCUCUUCCUCAGUGGCCUGCUCUUCGUGCACACCACCAUGUUCUCUGACUUCUGCACUGACGACAAGAGCAAAAGGAUUCUCCAAAGAGUGUGUGAAGAAUACCAACAAGGGCUACUAACAGGUGACCUAUGCGAAGACCUUUGUGUGAGCGGCCAGGUGGAAUACAAACGCUGCCUCUACUAUGAGAAUGGAAAGAAGGUCAUGGCGGCCAGCUGGCGAGGCACGCCUGUUGUUCUUAAAUCCAAGCUUGAAAACUUUUCCUCCUAUGAGGUUUUGGGACUGCUGGAGUACCAGGACAUAGCAGGUGAUGUGGGGGCUGAAGAGGAGCUUUCACCCCUAGAUGUGGUCUUCUAUGCCACAUUGCAGAUUAAAAACUUGCUGGGCCUGGAGGCUGGGAGUAACCUGACCCUGCCGAGGCUCUGGGGCCAAAAACUGAAAGAAAAGUCGCAGGUGUACUCACGAGCUGAGCUGGCCUCACUCUGGGCUCUGCUGCAGCAGGAGGAAUACACCUUUCUCCGGGUGAUGCAGGACUUGACGGACCACGUGGCAAAGGUGCUGGGUUCCUGCGGUCAUUUUUACGCAGUGGAAUACCUUGCAGCCGGACGGGCAUGGGACCAGAAUAUUUUCUCGCUGGAGGAACUCUUUCCAAGCAUCUCUCAGAGUGGACUGAAAAGGACAGUAACAGAGAUGGACAUGGUGCCCCGUGUUGCUCUCAGCUUCUUGGACAUGGUAGGGCGCUUUGAGAGUGACUUUUCUCAUCACUUACACCUUUGUGAUAUCAAGCCAGAGAACUUCGCCAUUAGGAAGGACCUGACUGUGGCAGCUAUAGAUGUGGACAUGGCCUUUUUUGAGCCCAAAAUGCGGGACAUUCUGGAGCAGAACUGCACCAACGACAGUGACUGCAAUUUUUUUGACUGCGUCUCUCAAUGUGAUACAACCAGAAAGAAAUGUGGAUCUAAACGCAAAAACAGCAACCUUCAGGUGAUCUGUGAGAAGAUCUUCUGCACAUGGUUCUCUCCCACGCUCCUGGGGGAUAAAGCAGGGCAUCCUCUUCAGGUGGAGCUUCAGAAGGCAGUGCAGGACUGUGCAGAGACAGAGGGAGGAGAGGACGCAGAGCUCAGCCGGACCAUUAGGCUUCGACUUCAGAGCCUCCUCACGCAGCUCAUUCAGGAGAAUUUGGAUAAUCAAAAGCAAACACACUCAAGACAACACGUCCAUACAGCACUUAAUUUCUAAAACCCUUUUAUUACUUGGAUUUCACACUUAUGUUCCAGACCCAAGUCUGCCUGGACACUAAGUUUGUUAUGUUUCAAGGUGUAAAUGCUUGGGUGUAGUUUCAGGGUUAGUUACAAUAUGUAGUCUGUCUAAAAUAGGGGUCUGGGUUCAGUUUAACUGAGCUUGAGUGCUGAUCAUACCAUGUGUAAAAGCAUUUUAUUUCUAAAAUAGUAAAAUGCUAUCAUGUGUGAUAACAGUUUAAUAUUGUAACAUUUACACUGGUGAAAAAAGGACACUGUGAUCUUCAGAUAAAUUAAAUGACUUUCACCUACAUAGCUGAUCAGUGGCAGCCAAAAGUAAAAAAAAAAAAAAAAAAAAACACUAUGUGUGCUGGGGUGGAGCUCUUGAAUAUAAAUCGAACAGCAGGGCACCCACACAGACACACAUGGUAUGGACUAUAAAAUGCUUCCACAAACAGUACGUUCUGUGUUUGAGAAAGGUAAUGGUUAAAUGGGUUCUGCAUUGUCGCUGCAAGUGUGGCCCAUGCUGGCUAGUCUAGGUGGCUGCAUGAGAGAGUUAGAAGAGUUGAUUUACUGAGAGUCGUGCAUGACUCUCCAUCCUCAGUAUCGGUCUCUGUGAGACCUUAUCUCUGGAAAGUGAUGUGUCAGAGGGGGCACAUGAUCUGUGGCUCUGCUCUUUUAGGGUAAGGGUAUUUAAGGUGGAAGUUACAAUUGGGGAAUUUUAUGUGACUACAUUGAAAGAAAAGGGGAAAAUGCAAAAAUAUAGUGCAAAAAAAAUCUCUAAAUAAAUGCUCAGUUUUGACUUGACCUGAUACUAGAAAACUGUACCUUGUAAAUUUUAUUAUGCAAGAUUUCCCAUACAGGAAACAGGA